GCAUUGGAAAGUAAGUAUGAGAGACUGAGAAAGACAAUGUUGUUGAUGUCAUUGAAAGACCAGAUGGAUUGGAGAAGCCUUUCCAAAGAGGAGAAACAAGCUGCUAUGAAGGAGAUCAUUAAACAAGAGAAGCUCCUCAGAAGUGAGGGGAAAUUGUUAGAAAUGGAGACAUUACUUGGUCCUAAAGCUAAAGCUAAGAUAUUGCCAGCAUUGCGUACAUUGAUUGGUGAAGAUAAGGCGGAGUAUGUGAGAAGAAAACAACAGCAGAAACUAGAUGAAGAUCCAGUAGACAAUAACAAAGUUAUUAACCUGCUUGCUGACCUAAUGCCUCGCUUUGAUAAUGAGAAAGAAUAUCUGUUGUCAUGGUUACAUUCUCCGGAAGCGAAAAAGUUUGAGUUUAAGAAUGAAAAGAAUGAGGAUUACACAAGGGUUGUAUGUACCAAUGUUAUAUUUUUACCUGGUCUUAUUACAUGUCCCAUAUAUCAACCUUUUAAAGAAAUCAUAUCAAUUGAAGCAUACAGAGUAGAGGUAGAGGAAGAUUUUGAGACAGCUACUCUCAGUAUAGGUCUGAUGGAGAGAGUGAAAGAUACACUAACACAGAGACAUGACAGUGAUAUUGACAGACAACGAGAGUUGUCACGGAAACAUGUACAACAACGAAGACUCCGUCUGCAACAACACGAGGAGUUCACAAAGGAACCAGAGGUCUCCAAGGACAAAAUACCUGCAUCUGGUGAUUUAACAGGACUACAAAUUGUGUAUGUACGAGAAAUGCUGAAACGACAUGGUGAUGAAAGGGAGGUAAUACUGAAUCAUUUGCAGGAUGAAAGUAUAGAUGAUCUGGUGGAAGCCGCGGCAACAAUGUCGGAAGAUGAGCGUCAGAGAAGGUUGACAGAACUGCAAGGAAAACGACAUAACUUGAAUCUCACAAACCCAGAGGAUAGAGAGGAACAUGUGAGUAUAUUAGAAGAGGCUGCGGCAUUGAGGGCAGUCAGUGUGAAGGAGCAGCUUGCAGUAUCGGGAAACACGAACAAUAUGGAGGCCAUAGCUGUUGUUCUGCUGGCAGAACUUCAAGAGGAACAAGAUCGGGAAGUGGCAUUGACCUUGGAACAUAUUGAAAACAUGAAUGAGGAAGAUAUCCGAACCAGUCUAAGUAGAGAAAUCAACAAUCGUAGACUUGGUAAUGCUUGGAACGUUAUUGCUGUCUUUACAAGAUACCAAGGGGAGGCCACUGAUGAUCUACUACUCAAGGCACUUGAAAAUAAGUACACAGUAAUACGACAAAAACUAUUGGUUGACUGUAUCAGAAUAAGAAUGGGAACUGACCAAUGGGAAGAGCUGUCUCCGAAUGAAAAACAACAUAAGUUGAUGACGCUUGAUGCUCAGGCAGUGGAACAAAUUAAGAUUGGUCAGGUUAUGCCAUCACUGUUGGGUGAAGGUUUCCAUCUUAAAGAUACUGUGCUACAGAUUAUGGGUAUAUGUCCACAUGUGUUUAGAAAUAAGGUCAAAGGUCAACAAGUUAUUGGUAACCACAGUAAUCUGAGUAUGGAUGAAGAUACUGGUGCAAUAGGCAAAAAGGGGGAACCAGAAAAUCCACUGAAGGAGUUAUAUUCAAGACUAGAGGAGGAGAGGAUAGCAUUGAAUAGAAUGCUCAAAGGACAAUCUGAAGAUCAUUUUAGUGAGAGUGAACGUAUGAUACAGUUAGCACGUUACCAUAGAGAAGCUCUAUUAGCCAGUCAGGAAGAGGCUUUCGUUACCACGGCAACAAUGGUUGGUCUAAUGGAAAGACAGCAAGAGGAAAUUAAGUUUAGACUUAAGAAAGAUGCAGAAAGAUACAUAAAACUUGCCAAGAAGACUAUUGUAGAUGUGGAGAAAGGGAGACAAUCCAGUCUGACAACAGAGGCACCCCAUACUAGAUCUGCUAUUCAACAUGUGGAUUAUAUAUUGACUUUACUGGAAACCAAGCACAUCAAGGAGAGGGAACUAUUUUGUCGUCUGCUGUGGAACACUGAUAAAUUUGGUGAAGCCAAGGAGCUUGCUUCUAUGGCAACACAACAGGAACAACUUAAGAAAAUGACGGAACUCAAAAAUCUCAGAAAUAAAACAGUGCAGAACAGGAGAAGUGAAAAUCUAGAAGUUCUAUCAGAGGCAACAGUAUACAAGAAAGAAGGUUGUAGAAUGAAACUGUCUGAAGAGAAUGAUGAGGUAACAGAUGAACAUGUCUGCUGUACAUUGAUGGCCCUCUUAUUGGAGUACCAGAACUCAGAAGCUGAGAGGCUUAUAAAAGGACUUGCAACAACGAAUGAUGAUGGAAUUAGGUCAGCAGAAAAAAGGAUUCAAGAAGAAACCAAAUCCAAUAUGGCUGACAAUAUUGCGCUUGUAGUGCUCUCCCCUGAUCCAACAGAUGGCACCACUGAUGAUGAGGUCAUUGAUGCUCUUAAGAGCAAAUAUGAGGCUCUGAAAGAUAAACUGCUGGCUGAAGCCCUGCUGAAAGAGCUUGGAGAAUCAGAGUGGAAUCGUCUCUCAGACACAGAGAGACAGAAAAGGAUAUUUAAGUUAAAGAAGAAAGAGAGACAACUACGCAAAGCUGGCAAGAUAGAUGAAGCAAAUGCCCUAAUUGGUGAGCUGUUAAAAGACCAGGAAAAUCUACGCAAGUUGAUGGGUGACUCUGUACAAGAUCAGAGGCAGAAACUUCAGGAUAGACUGAAACGUAGGAAAGAAAGACUUGCCCAAGGAAUGACAGAAGAAGAAGUAGAUGAAUUAGAGAAACAGGAGAUAGAAGCAGAGGAAGAAGAAGAGAAAAACAAAAGAAGAAACAUUCUAGAAGAUUUGGAAAUACAGUAUAAAAUACAGGAAAAGGAAGAGCUUCUGCGCAGAUUAGGUGAGGCUGGUAGUGAGUUUGAUAAAGAACGUGAGAGACAGGCUCACCUGGCACGUCUGAAGCGAGACCAGAAACUGGCACAGAGAGAGGGAAACUUUGACGGAGCUGCUCUUAUACUUGGUCUUGCCGAGCAGAGGGAUAAAGAUGCUCGUCUGGCAAAGGAAGAAGAAAGGCUGAGACAAGAGAAGCUUGCUCGUGAGCGGUUAGAAGCAGCUAGGAACCGUAAGAAAGGUAAAGGCAGUAUGGAGGAGGAGGUUGACAUGGGCCCAGUCGAUACAGACGAUCCGGUAUCACUACAGGAGGCUAUAGCUAAUGAUAUGGACAGGAGACAUCAAAAAGAACGAGAGAUUUUUGUGAAGUUAAUGGAUGAGAGUGUUGGUAGUAAACAGAGAAAGGACGCCAUGGACAUGAGUGAUGAUGAAAGGGGUGACAGGAUGUUUGAAAUAAACGAACUCUAUAAAAACUGGAAAAAUUCCGAUGAGAAAAAUUUGAAGGAACAAAUGGAGCUUUUGAAGGAUGCAAUAAGUGUAAUGUUAGAGAUGAUACGUUGUGAGUCUGAGGCAGACGGUCAAGUGGUAACCGAUGACGACCUUCAGGUUAAACUGCUGGCUGAUCUACAGGAGCUGCAAAAAGUUGAAGCUGCGAAAUUGUUAAAGGACAUUCAAGAUAAGGAUUUAAAGGGAUUGCAGCAGCUUCACCGAGCUAUUACAGUGAUUAACAAAGAUGAGUCAUGUGACAAUAUUGCUGCUGUGUUGCUAGGAGACAGGUCAAGGUCAGAGAAUGAUGGUGAGGAAGAUGGGGAAUCAGGGGAGACAACUGAAGCUAGUGUAGUUAAGGCUCUAGAGGACAAAUAUGAUGCUAUGAAAGACAAAUUGUUAAUGGAGGUUUUGAUGAAAGAGCAUGGGGAAGCUGAAUGGAACAGAAUGUCUGAGAAGCAGAGACAGAAAAAACUGAUAGAUUUAAAAAUCAAGGAAAGACAACUACGCAGAGAAGGCAAGAUGGAUGAAAUUGCCAAUAUCAUUGGAAGCUAUCUUGAAAAUGAAAAAUUGUUGGAUGAUUUUAUUGUGGAGACGGAGCAGCAGCAACGAGAGAGGUUGGAGGCUAGGUUAAAGAGACGUAAACAACUGAAAGAGGAGCGGGAGGCACAGGGUCUCGCAGCAGACGACACAACAAUAGAUGCCAUUGUUGAAGAAGAGGAGGCUGAGAUAAUGAGGCAAAAGAGAAGGAAUAUUCUUGAAGAUCUACAGAGGAAUUUUGAUGAUGAGAAAGCACAGUUACUGAAAACAUUAUCCUACCAGACAGACAAGGCCUCUCGAGAAAAACAGAGACAGAUCGAACUUGCCAAGUUGAAGAGGGAUGAGCGGAAGAUGAAGAAGGGAGAGAAGUUGAAUGAAAUAGUAAUGAUCAUACAUAGUUCUAAGGAAGAUGAAAGAAGGAGAGAAAAAGGGAUAACAGCUGAACGUGAACGUCAGAGAAAUGUUGCGAAGGAAAGGUUAGAAUCCAGGAAGCAAAAGAAACAACAGAAACAGACAAAGAAAGAUGAUGACCUCGCAGCUCUAGAAGAUGUUGUUAAAGAUUCGGAAGGUCGAAGUAUACAUGAGGCAUUAAUGACAGUACUAGAAGAUAAACAUGAUGAAGAAAUGGAUAUGUUAAUGGCAAUACUUGAACUGGCCAAGUCAGUCAAUAAAGCUGAUGGUAAAGCUGACGAGGAACUAAAAUCACAGUUGACCAAGCUUGAACAGGAACACCAGAAAUGGAGGAAGAGAUCCACCCAACAGGUGGCUGACCUCAAUGAGGACAGCAUGACACAAGAGCAGGCUCAGAAUCACAUGUCAGAUGUUGCUAAGAAUAGAUCUGACCAGCUUAAAAUUCUCUCUGAUGCUUUAGUUUAUAGAUUAGAAGUGGAAAGACGUCUGUUGCAGCAGCAGAGAUCUGAUCUCAGUUUCCAGAACCAGGAGGAGGAAGUUGAGGUUGCCUUGGUAACAGAUCUACAAGAGAAACAAACAGCUGAGGGUAGAGCAUUACAGAGAUUACUAGAUGAUCAGGACGAGGAAGUCUUGAGAGAAAUGCGCAAAAGUCAGCAUGUGGCAUGUAGAGAGGGUUGGUUUGAUAACCUGUCACGUACAGUAUUCCAUGUGUCACAUUCUCUCAUGGUAUCGGAGGAGGGUGAUGAGAUCGAUGAAAAGUUUGACAAGGCGAUUGCUGACCUUGAACAACAAAUGGAACAGGAGAUACAGACCUCUAUAGAGAAAGCUAAAGAGAGUGGGGAAGAAGUAGAUUUGGAUGCACUCCGGAAAGAAAUCUUGCGACAGUAUGAGGAACAGCAACAGAAAUUACUGAAGGAGAAGCAAGCCCAAAAAUUGACUUUGUUUCGUAAACUUGAGGCUCAUAGAAUGUCACGAGAACAGCAUGACUAUGAGGCUCUUGCGGCAAGACAGCUUCUUCAACAAGCCAAGGACCAGGUGAAACAAUUAGAGGCCACGGUUGCUGGGGAAACAGGAAAACAAGCAAAUACGUUACAACAGAAAUUGCGAGAGCGACGAGAUGCCAGAAAGGAGGCCAAGAAUAUGAGAGAAGAGUUAGACAGGGAGAGCACUCUAGAUAUGUAUGAUGAAAGAAGAGCUCCAAGUCAGAGGAGCAGCAAUGAUACACCAUUGCCACCAUUUGGAGGAAUGCGUAGAGAGAAGACGGUUGUUGAUGUAGACAUUACUGAGGACCAGAAACAGGCAUUCCUCGCACAGAUGACCCAACAACAGAGAAAUCUGCAGAACAAAAUCUCAGCUCAGCAAAAAAGGCAGGAAGAAAUGUUAAGAAGAAGGUUAGAGAUGAGACAGGGGAAACAGAAGGAGGAGGCAGCAGAGGUCCUCAGUCUCGGGCAUAGGCAGAAAACCAUUCUUAUGAAAUCACAACAGGAUGAGAAAGAGAGACAGCUGACCAAGAUGAAGGAGAAGGUUGCUAGGCAACGAGAAAAGAGGGAACCAUCUCCUGGAUUCCCCAAGCUUCAGUCAAUAGCAGAGGAUUAAAAUAAUCACAUGACUUAUACACAUCGGGAAAAAUAAAGGAGGAGGCUUUCAACCAGAGAGAUGUUUUUAAACAGAAAUCGAACAAAUAUAACUGAAGCAUAAUUAUAUCUGAUAAUACAAACUUUGAAAAUAGCAAGACUAAAAGAGAAUAUCUUCAUAAAGUAAAGGCAGCUCAAGGAUCAGACAGAGAGAAGAAACUAUGCAACAUAGACAAUCAUUUUGUUAAAGCUAAUCAAAUUAUUUUUUUUAUAUAUAUUUGCUAUUGUUAACACUGUAAUUGUAUUUUUUGUUAUUUGUUUGAUUAAACCCCUUAGUCAUGACUUAUUGUAAAGUUAAGAUAUUAGAAGUUUUUAUAAAAAAUAAAACUGCCACAUAUUGUUAGGUACACCUUUUACUAAAAUUAUAUAAAAUUAUGGACUUUAAGUUUGAAAGACGUAUCAAGAUCUAAUAAUGAUAUGUAUAAUGAUGAAAACAACUACAGCAAUGAAUCACAAUACCAUGUGUAACAAUCUUCAUUGAAAGAACAUGUGCUUGCAAUUAUAUUUAAAACAAUUGAUUUUGUUCAACACAGUUUUCUUUCCAAGAUCUUGUCUAUUUUUUUGAUGACUUGUUUUUCCAUAUAUUUCCUCUUAUAGAUUUACAAUGAGACUUAUAAUGUGUACACAUGUCACUCAUUGGCCAUGGAUUAAUCAAAGAAGAGAUUUGGCCAUUGAUCAAUUAAUUACAUUUAAUUAAGAGAUCUAAUUUCCAAUAUCAAUUCUUAGGUCCUGACUUUUAUAUUAGCUGGUAAUACAACAACAACCACCUGAUGCAUGAUUAAUUAAUUCAAUCUACUAAUUAUGUAUAACAGAAUUAGAUUCUUUAUUUUCCUUAAAUAUCUAAUAUCUAAUUAACUAAUCAUGUACAUGUAAUUAUUUUGUUAACACUAUAUUUAAAUAAAGAAUAAGCCUGUGAACCAAUAACAUGCUUAUUUCAGCUUAUUGGAAGCUACCGACUUUAAGCUGUUUCCAAUUGAAAGAGUAAUCAAACAGCUGAUUUAUAAAGUUUUCUUUUCCUUUAACAUUUAAUAGGGGUGUCAGGCUUAUCCAUUUAAACGGGUUCUGUCGGUUUUUAACUGAAAACCGGGUAGAGAAUCAAAUAACCAAAAACUGAGGUUAGUAUAAGACCAACAGCUGAAGAAAUUUUAGAUUGGAUUUUAACAUUCCCUUUGUUUCUUUAUGACAAGAUAUGACAUUUGUUGAAUGAAUUUUUCUGAUUGCAUGUUAUCUUAUUGUUUACAGUAGAUCCUAACAGACCACAGUUUCACCAUAACCAGAUAUGUUUUGUAAUUGUUGUGGAUUAUAGCAAAAUAUAGGGACAAAAUGUGCUAUUCUUAUCAAAGUUAAUGUUUAAAAUCUAAGAACUAUUUUAGUACAGUCGUUAAAACAUUUAAUACAGUUAUUCAGUGGCUGUUUAAAUGGUCAGCAUUUUUGCUAACCAUUACACUCCUAAUUUUAAAUGACAUCUACAGACACCUUAAUUGUAGUAAUAUAACAUAAUUAUAUAUUGUUUUAUGACCCACAAAUCAGUAUCUCUGGAAGUGUUUUUUUUUAUCUCCACUUCUGUACAUUGAGACCCUCUUAUAGUUUGGUAGUUAAUCAUUUGGUAAAGUUUAUUUCCUAAAAUAACUAAUAAAAAGUACUCACUUUUGAUAAAGAAUUAUUCAAUAUUAAAAAAUAGGAAACCAUUUCAAUAGGACAAAAGCCACACAAAAAUCAUUUUGGCACAGUAAGGCUGGCCUAGACCCAAUCUUUGAUUAUAUUAAGAUACUCUUUUUUUUU